GAACAGUGACUCGUUCUGUAUUGUGUUUUUAAAAAUGCAUAAAUUCUGUGUAGCAGUGAUCUUUGUAAUUGUAGUAAAUCUGGGAGAAUGUAUAAACUGUGAUAGAGACUCGACCCACGAGGAAAUUCGAUUGAAGAAACAAUUGUUGUGCGGAUCCUACAACUCAGAUCUGCGCCCAGUAAAGGAUUUUAAAUUCUCAAUCAACGUUUCGAUCACUCCGGUUUUGAUGAGCUAUGAUUUCAACGAUAGUGAAGAUACACUCGACACCAAUACGUUGUUGAUCAUGCAAUGGACUGACGAGUUCCUCAAAUGGGACCCAAAGACCUUCAGCAACAUUACCAGUAUCGUGAUCAGCACCGACGAGCUAUGGACACCUGAUCUGCAACUUUUUUCAUCCUACUAUAAACCGGACGCGAAGACCAGCUGUACUAACCCACGCUGCCUUGUGAAAUCCGACGGGCUGGUUAUCUGUGUUCCGUCAUGUGAUUUCAAUGCCCGUUGCAAUUCUGACUACUCAAAUUGGCCCCUGGAUUCGCAGCGAUGUCACAUGUACUACGGCGCCUGGAUGGAAUCAUCGUCGGAAGUGGACUUCCACUCUAGCGUUAGCUGGCUCGGUUCGUCCCAAACCAACGCUCACAUCCAGUGGCGGGUAGUAUCUGCGAAAGUUUCCAGAGAGCCGUUAAAGUCAAAAGAUAACCAAACCUAUCCGGUGCUGAUAUACGACUACGUUAUCGAGCGGCACUCUAGCUUCCAUCUGGCUGCGUUAUUGACGCCCAUUCUUCUGUUGAUAGCUCUGAACCUCUUCCUAACAUGGCUCAGUACAGACUCUGUUGAAAGAAAACUGCUGCUGGCUGUGUCUAUUUUCUGUCAUUUCAAGUUCAUGACGCUACUUCAGUGGGCCGUUCCGUUCAAUGGGGAGACUGUUCCAGGAAUAUUGAUUUUCUUCCGCAACUCUAUGAUUAUUACCUGCCUUCUGAUCAUUCAUACAAUGGUGGGAGCAGCCAUGAAGCGGAUGGAUCGAGAACCGCCUAACUUAGUGGUACUUCUGACGGGAACCGUCGUAAAAAAUAAGUUCGGUGAAUUGAUCCUGGCUGGGAACUACAUGAAUGUUGAAUACAAGCAAUCUGAAUCGAACCAAGCUGUUGCUUCGGAAACGUCGGAAAACUCAACUGUUUGGUUAUCGUUCAGCAAAACAUUGGAUCGCUUGUUAUUUAUUGCCUUCUUCACAACGUAUGCGGUGUUCUUUUUCAUUUACGUGCCGCUGAAAUAUGCACGUUUAGGUAAAUACGAACUGAAUAUCAUGGAUUAUGAAGAUAUUAAUCAAAUCGACUAA